ACACACAGCUACCACCUACCUCCGGCUCCCCCCUCGUACGCCGUCACACACAGGGCUGUCAUUUCCCAGAACAGUCAGUUAUGCAUGUGAAAAACAGGCAGGAAACCAGAAUGUAACACUUUCCUGAAUGCGUAAAUUACAUGUAGGACAGUGAGCACCAACCAACCCUUGUACAGUGCACAUUUUUAUAUGACUCUUUCGUUUCAAAUGGGCUUGGAUGAGUUGUUCUGUUUGACGUAGAUGUACGACCGAACCUGAGCGUAACGGAGUGAAGCUGUCAACGGGGAAAACGGUUUGAUUUCACGGCGUUUGCUUUGUCCGGACAUGAUGGGGCAGUGCGGUGUGGUGGUUGUGUUCGCGUUGCUUUUCGUUGUUUAUACACACGGGCGGCAAAUGUCUCCUUUUGUUGACCCUUCUUGUCUGGCGGACAAGGAUUGUUCCUGGAAUUGGCAGACGACCACUCAGAAUGGAACACAGUUUUGUGAAACAUUUUUCCAUACAAAUGCAUUUGACACUUGUCCGAAUCGUUUCGUUCUUCAAGAUGGCUUUGAUAAUGACGACAGACCAAAGCCACCCGAGAGCAUCUCUGUGGAAGAUAUAAGCAAGAAUUUCCUAUCAUCAGAAACUGGCGAGAUGGAACAGUAUACCUGCUUAAGGAUCUCCGCAGAAAUUGACCAAUACGCUGCAUCAAAAGUGAAGGGGAUUCAGAUAUCACUACGAGGGAAGGAGCAACCAGAUCUUUCUAAGUUCCUUUGCUUCAGCAUGAACUUCAGCAGUGGUCUACAAUACAGUUCUGUGGAAAGGCACAUCAUUACCAGUGAAUGCUUUUGCGGUUUGAGGCCCCAACGAAUGUAUAACGUAUCAGUAACAACAAUGCCAGUGGAUGAGCUUGAUGGUGUCCAUGUCACAACUAAAUCUAAAAUUCACUCAACAACUGGUUGUAGCGAUGCCGACAAAAUAAAUGACGCCCGCUGUUACAAGAGUGAAGAAGCACUCUGGGAGCCAGACUGCAUUCUAGUGGAACAAAACCUCACGACUGGAUUCUACAACUUGUUUGAUUUUUCAUUCAACGUGGCACCGUCCCACUAUAAUUUUGAUAGCUACCAGUUUUUCAUCUAUUCUGGUCUUUUCCCAAUUUAUUGGCCGACUAUUAACAUGCAGGUCACAGCAACUGUAGUUAACAAGACGUGCAGUCAGUCCGGCAAAUCAAUGCCCUUUGUGACGUUUUCAACUAAUAGCCAAGAUUGGACUACUACUGAUGGCCAGCUUAAGGCAAUGGUCAGACCAAAUCCAAGUAACGACGUUUGUUUGGAUGAACAGAACAGUAAAAUAAAUUGCAAAACUUCAUUACCGCAAACAUUUCUUGUUCUAAGUGAUCCAUGCACUGAAAACCCAUGUGGUGUACAUGGAAACUGCACAUCAAACGUGGAGGAUUACAUUUGUAACUGUGAUCCAGGAUUCACCGUUUUUGACAAGACAUGCAAAGUUGAUCCGUGCAAAACUCUGGACAGCAGGGGCACGUAUGUCAGUCAGUGUGAAAACGGAGAGUGCAUUUACGCUAGUGUUUGGAGUGACUUUUACUGCCAAUGUAACACCAACUUUGUUGCUCAUGUAGGAGGAAAGAAAUGCCUUGCUAACCCCUGUGCCAUCAAUCCUGAGACAAACACAACGUUUUGCAGUUUGCACGGAGAGUGUAAGUUAAACGCUACAGUGGAUCCGGCGGUUGGAACCUGCCUCUGUGAUCCAGGCUACAUAUCCCAGAAUAGCAAAUCGGCUUGCGCAAAAAAAGCGAAUCAGCUUGCUGUGGUGAUUGGGGCGUCGGUCAGUAGCUGUUUGUUGGCAGUCGUCCUUUUCUUGAUUGUCAUCUUAUAUCUGCAUCAUAAUCCAACCAUAAGAGAAACUAAUCCUCCCAGACCAAAUGAUACUCGAGUGAUUCCCAAUGACUUAGAUUUUGUGAAGAAGAGAAAGUGUGUCCUGCCUAUCUACUCUGCCGACGAUCAUGACCUACACUAUGAAGUUGUUGUAAGGUUCUGUCGAUUCCUCCAAAGGCACUGCCAGUGUGACGUCUCCCUCAUGGAAUGGGAGAAGUCCAUUGGUCCGACGGUCGAGAUGUGGCUGACCAAACAGAUUGAAGAAGCGGACGUGGUGCUGUUGAUAUGCUCAAAGGGGACCGGACUGAAGUACACGGCGAAGGCCAGACAAAAGCAAAUGGACUCGCCCGGGGUGUACGGCGAUGUUUUCGUCAAGGCUUUGUUCCUGCUGGAAGAUUAUUUCAGUCGGGAUAACGCCUGCGAUAAGUUUGUCGUGACCUACUUUGAUUACUCAUCCGAAGAUGAUAUACCGGUGCCAUUCAGGCGCUUUGCCAAAUACAAGUUGAUGCAGUCUAUGGAGGCACUCUAUCUGCGUAUCCAUAGUAAGGGUAUGGAAAGUCCAACCUCAAGUAGACGGGCCAGCCCUCUGGAGGAGUCCAACUAUCCUAACCUGGAGAUGGGCCGGUGGUUACAGGAAUCCAUCGAAGGCAUGAAACGGCUUGUGAAGUCAGACAAGAAGUGGUACCACAAGCGAGACAAUAAGCGCAGCGUCAAUGAGGGAGCAGCGUUUACCAGCGACAAUGAGCAACCUUUUAUUGAUGAUCUUUAUCAAAGCGAUACAGAUUCAGCUUACAGGACAGGCGAGCAUGAUGAAGCUUUUGCCCCAAGUUCAUUUUUCGACAGCCAUUCCAUUGGGCAAGGUAGUAAUGUCAGUGCCUCCUUUGAGGAGUCCCUCAAACAAAUUCAAAAUGGAGAACCACUUGGAGAUAAGUUCUUCCAGGAUGACGUCAAUAUAACGAUUGACCCUUCUGACUUGGGUUACCCUCAAAGCCUCAAUUCUUUGGAGGUUCCUUUGAACAAUAACCAGAUGGGAUUCCCUGAGAGGCCCUAUUGCAAUGUAACAAGGGAAUCAAUUAUCUAAUCUAGUACACUAUGUGCCUCACUUCUUCCCUGAAGGAGGUUCCUUCAAACAAUAUCAAGAUGGGUUUCCUUUAGAGGCCCUACUGCAAUGUAGCAGUUGAAUCAAUUUUCUAAUCUUGUACACUCUACAUGUGCCUCACUUCUUCCCUGAAGUAGUUUACCCUCGAAGCCUCAAUUCUGUGGAGGUUCCUUCAAACAAUAUCAAGAUGGGUUUCCUUUAGAGGCCCUACUGCAAUGUAGCAGUUGAAUCAAUUUUCUAAUCUUGUACACUCUACAUGUGCCUCACUUCUUCCCUGAAGUAGGUUACCCUCGAAGCCUCAAUUCUGUGGAGGUUCCUUCAAACAAUAUCCAGAUGGGUUUCCUUUAGAGGCCCUACUGCAAUGUAGCAGUUGAAUCAAUUUUCUAAUCUUGUACACUCUACAUGUGCCUCACUUCUUCCCUGAAGUAGUUUACCCUCGAAGCCUCAAUUCUGUGGAGGUUCCUUCAAACAAUAUCAAGAUGGGUUUCCUUUAGAGGCCCUACUGCAAUGUAGCAGUUGAAUCAAUUUUCUAAUCUUGUACACUCUACAUUUGCCUCACUUCUUCCCUGAAGUAGGUUACCCUCGAAGCCUCAAUUCUGUGGAGGUUCCUUCAAACAAUAUCAAGAUGGGUUUCCUUUAGAGGCCCUACUGCAAUGUAGCAGUUGAAUCAAUUUUCUAAUCUUGUAAACUCUACAUGUGCCUCACUUCUUCCCUGAAGUAGUUUACCCUCGAAGCCUCAAUUCUGUGGAGGUUCCUUCAAACAAUAUCAAGAUGGGUUUCCUUUAGAGGCCCUACUGCAAUGUAGCAGUUGAAUCAAUUUUCUAAUCUUGUACACUCUACAUGUGCCUCACUUCUUCCCUGAAGUAGGUUACCCUCGAAACCUCAAUUCUGUGGAGGUUCCUUCAAACAAUAUCCAGAUGGGUUUCCUUUAGAGGCCCUACUGCAAUGUAGCAGUUGAAUCAAUUUUCUAAUCUUGUUAACUCUACAUGUGCCUCACUUCUUCCCUGAUGAUGAAAUGAUUGACCCUGAAGUAUAGGUUACCCUCGAAACCUCAAUUCCAUGGAGUUACUUUUGAACAAUAACCAGAUGGGAUUCCUUUAGAGUCCCUAUUGUAAUGGAGCAGUUAAAUCAAUUAUCUGAGUCUUGUGCACUCUGCUUGUGCCUCACUUCUUUUCUGAUGAUGUAAAUAUUGACCCUGAAGUAUAGAUUCCCCCUUAAAAUCUGGAUUCUAUAGAUCAGAGGUUCUUCCAAACAAUAACCAGAUGGUAUUCCCUCAACCUAACCUACACUAAUCUACACUCUGCAUGUGCCUCAGUUCUUCCCUAAUGAUGUCAUAGUAAUCAUAAUAAUAAAAACUUAUAAAAGCGCGUACAAAUCCAUAAAAGUGCUCAUGGCGCUAAAAACAAACAAUUACAUUGAAAUUAUUUACAAUAACAAAUAUUAAAAUGUCAGCCUAAGUUGAGAAGAAAUCUACAACACGAUUGGCCCUGAAUAAUAAUAAUAAAAAUAGUGGCUUCCUAUAUAGAGCUCCUGAGUGACGCUCAUGGCGCUUCAACAUUAUUACCCCUGGUCACUUGGCCUUAAAUCAUUCCAUAAACCAUCUCAGCUCCCUGGGGAGUAUACAGCCUGUGCUGCCAAUUAAGUAGCGUACUAAGCUAAUCAAACACAAGAACCAUCUCUUCCCUCACAGGUACCCACUUACCCCUGGGUGGAGAGAAGCUUGUGGUUAGGUGUCUUG